UCCGGGCGGGGGAGUCCCGGGGGAUGGCUUUUGGUUCGGAUGUCUUGCCUUGCCCGCGGGGUGGGAGAGUAAGUUGCUGAGCGAUGUAGCGCGGGGGCACAGGGUUCAGGUGGAAAAUCCAGCCAGUUCCCCCCUGGGUGUAGUUUUGGGCUCUGUUUGGGUUUUUUGGUUGGGUUUUGAGUUUUUGUUUGUUUGUUUUGGUGUUUAUUUGGGGAAGGCGGUUGUUGUGGUUUGGUGGGUUUUUUGUUUGUUUUGUUUUGUUUUUAAUAGGGCACAGAGGAAAACGUUAGUGCACAAUGCUGAAAUUGGUGAUCUGGUCGCUGAGGCAGCGUAAGAACAGAGUGAACAGCUGCACCUUCACCAAAGCAACCACCUGCGUUCCUUUUCUCCUCUGGAAUGGACAAUGGGAUGGUCUCUGACUUUAUCAUGAUCAAAAACUUCUUCCUCUUCUGCGUUUCCAUGAGUUUAGCCAGCCACUUUGGCUUCUCACAAACGCCAACACCGUCAGGAAAAGAGGACACCAAUGAUAACAUCACAAUAUUCACCAGGAUAUUGGAUGGUCUGCUGGACGGCUACGACAACCGACUGCGCCCAGGACUGGGAGAGAGAAUAACUCAGGUGAAAACAGACAUCUAUGUUACCAGUUUUGGUCCUGUGUCAGACACUGAAAUGGAAUACACCAUUGAUGUUUUUUUCCGACAAAGCUGGAAAGAUGAAAGGCUGCGAUUCAAAGGACCUAUGCAACGCCUCCCUCUUAACAACCUGCUUGCCAGCAAGAUUUGGACCCCAGACACUUUCUUCCACAAUGGCAAGAAGUCUAUUGCUCACAACAUGACAACCCCAAACAAACUUCUGAGGCUGGAGGAUGACGGCACUCUACUGUAUACCAUGAGAUUGACCAUUUCUGCUGAAUGUCCCAUGCAGCUUGAAGAUUUCCCCAUGGAUGCACACGCUUGCCCACUAAAAUUUGGAAGCUGUAAGUUCUCUUCUGAAAUAAGAAAUAGAAAUAUGCCUUGUUUUCUGUCUUUUCUUAUUCAGCCAUGUCUCAUACAGAUCUUUCACCCUCUCCCCCAGCACUCCACUUUUAACACUACUCAUUAG